AUGUAUGUAGGUGUUGCCUAUGUGAUGGUCGGGCGAUACGAUAAGACGAUGCGAAAAAUUGGUAUGAAGAAGGGUUUGGUCUAUGACGGACUGGCUGAGUAUUUAACCGACUGA